UUGAGUCCCUCUCAUGGCAUUCUCACGCGUCAUACCUCGCCAUCACCGUUGCGAGCCGCAAUUGACAGCCAUCAUCAGUCCUUGUAUAUUGGUCAAGACGAUGUCAACAAUGAUCCUGAAAAUCUUCGUAAAGUAACGCCGAAAGCAGAUGUGCCAUUUGGAGAGAUAUUCCCAAUGCUUUGA